AUGGACCCCAGCAACUCUGCUCCUACGACGGCAUGGCCUAGGUUGAAUGAAACCUCAUCAGACUCACCUAUCAUCCUAGAGCAACCCCUCACCGCGGUAUCAUUGCCAACACGCAACUCUAUAUGGGUCGAUGAAGAUGUCUCGACCGCUUAUCCUCAAACUGCACGUCCUAGAGAAGAUCUCCUUGCAUCAUUCUUUCCAUCGGACUCACCUCCGGCGACAGCUAGACAAGCUCCAAUUCAAUCUUAUCCAUUGGCGUACCCUCUCGCACCUGGCUCUAAACAAGCGCUUCCAGUACUAGAACCUACAACCCAGAAUGAUAGGAGGGUAUCCUCCAAGUACUCAGAAUACGAUGACAUUCCUGUACCUCUUUCUGCGCGCUUUCAGCGGGACUUGCAAGAAAUGAUUGGUUCUCCAUCUUCGAUAUAUCCUGAUAGCGCUUUACCCGACCCCCUUCAUAUCUCUCGAGAUUUCCCCCCUAAAGCUUCGGCAUAUCAAGGAGAUAGGCAUCCUGAACCUUCCCGCUCACCUAAGUCGAUUCGCCUUUCAGAACUCACUCAAUCUCCCGUGGGCGAGGGCACAUCGGAACUUUUCCCGGAAUAUACAGAAGAUAUACGCCCAGGUGAAUCUACACAUAAUAUUGUUCCAACAAUAAAUGUCCUACCCCAAAGUCCCCAACAACCAGAUGUUCAGAAUUCUCAUUCUCAGAAGUACCAACCGCAAUUAUUAGCACCUCCCAGAUCGUCUAAACCAAAAUCUCAAAGACGAACCACCAGAUCAUCGUCUAUAAUCAAUGGUCUUGACCAAGGAAUCUACAGACCUUUGUCUAAACCACCCCAGAAUCGAGAUCUCUUCUACGCAACCCAGAAAGAUGACAGUAGAUUCAGUCGACACCAUCCCUCGAGCAAAAAAUACAUUCAUCGGAAAAGAGCCAGCUCCCUAGAGCGCACCUCCGUACCCACCGAUCCCAGAGUCGCCAAACUCUGGGACGAACGAAUCAACGCCGGUCACCAACCAUUCACACCCAGCGAUACAAUCCCUACAUAUCAAGAAUUCCGACGAACAACUCAACGUGUAGAUUCGCCUAGUUCAGACAGAUUCCCCCUCCCUGCUUCAGCACUCUCUCAAUACGAAGACAUUCCACCUCAUCUCAGACCUACCCGCGAAUCAGAUUUCAGAUUCGAUCCGAAGCUGGUGCAGGAAAUAUACGAAGAGAGAUGGAAAAUUUCCGAGGGCUAUGAGAAUUUGCAGGCAUAUUUUAGUGAUCCCAAAGAAGGUCCUUACAAACACCUUAAUAUCAAGGAAUGGGUUGAGCUUUUUGAAUACUUGGAAGAGAGAGACCGGAAAGCGACAGAACGAGAGAUUAUUUUUGAGUUGAGGGCUAUUUAG